AUGACAUCUUCUCUCUACACGGGUGGUCAGGCUCUGUUCAUCUGUUUGGCCUUUAUUGGUUUGGAUGUUUUGGUCAAUGUUUUUGGACUCGCCUGGAAUGGAAAAGUUUACUUUACAUUCGCCAACAUUGCUCAUUGGUUCGACUUGGCGAAUUAUAGUUUUUUGAAGAAUCCAGUAGAUUUCUUGGCUGUGGCUUUGAUUCGUGACAGUAUUCUUUUGGGUGGAGCUGUUUCUGCAUGGGCGUCUCCGUCCGGAUUCUCACAAGUUGCUGAAAAUGUCAAAAACGUCGUCUUCGCUGCUAUGCUCCUCAUCGUCGCUUUUGCCCCAUCGAAACUUCUUGCCUUCUAUGAAGAUGACAAUAUUCGUCUCGCAGUUGGAGACUGGAUUCUCAUGAUUUGGUGUAUAUUUGCAUCCCUUCUACUUCAAGGAAUUUGGACUUCUGUUCUAACGCAUGUCACUGAAGUUGCAGCUGGAACUGGAGAUUCCCUCCUUUUCGGAGACGCUGAGCACGAGGAAAGACUCCGACAGGAAGAGGCUGAAAAGGCUGCAGAGCAAAGGGAAACUUUCCAGCUUUUAUACAGACUUCUUGGUUAUAUGGGAAGACAGUGGAAGUACUACGGAAUGGCAUUCUUUUUCCUUUUCUGUUACUCGUUGAGUCGUGUCUUCAUUCCAUAUUACACUGGAGAAGUUGUCACUGCUGUCUUCGGAGAUAAAGCUUCUUAUGAACGUCUUCACAGAACCGUUCUUAUUAUGGGACUUCUCUCCUUGGCUUCAACUGUUUUCGGAGGUCUCCGUGGAGGUUCCUUCACUUAUGCUCAUGCUACCAUUGAUAGACAAAUCCGUAACGACUUGUUCCGUUCAGUUGUGAAGCAGGAGAUUGGGUUCUUCGACAUGAACAAGACUGGAGAAAUUUGCUCGAGAUUGUCUGCUGAUUGUCAGACUAUGUCCAACACUUUGUCACUUUAUAUGAAUGUGCUUACCAGAAACUUGACAAUGCUCUUCGGAUCGCUGAUUUUCAUGUUCACAUUGUCUUGGAAGUUAUCAAUGAUCACUUUAAUCAAUAUUCCAAUUAUUUUCUUGGUCAACAAGAUUUUCGGUGUUUGGUAUGAUAUGCUUUCCGAAGAGACUCAAAACUCUGUUGCCAAGGCGAAUGACGUGGCAGAAGAGGUUCUCUCAUCCAUCCGAACCGUCAAGUCUUUUGCUUGCGAGAAUUAUGAAUCCAGCAGAUUCAUGACUUUCCUGAACGUCACCUUGAAAAUUGCAACUCGUAAAGUGUUCGUUGUCAUUGGACUCAUUUGGUCUAAUGAACUUCUUCAAAUGGGAAUUCUUACUAUUGUUCUGUGGUAUGGAGGACAUUUGGUUAUUGAUGGAAAAGUUGAAUCUGGACUUUUGGUUUCGUUCCUUUUGUAUCAAUUCCAAUUGGGAGAGAAUUUGAGAGAACUCGGAGAAGUGUGGAACGGAUUGAUGCAAGCCGUCGGAGCAUCCAGAAAAGUCUUUGAAUUCAUUGAUCGUCCACCACGUGUCGAGAACACUGGAACCUAUGCACCAGACUCAAUGACCGGAAAGAUUGAAUUCCGUCACGUGGCAUUCAGUUAUCCAAUUCGACCAGAUCUUCCGAUUAUGGAGGAUUUAACAUUCACAGUUGAGCCAGGAGAGGUUGUCGCUUUGGUUGGACCAUCUGGUGGUGGAAAAUCGUCUUGUAUUGCAAUGUUGGAGCAUUUCUAUGAGCCAACCAGUGGAGAAGUUUUGAUUGAUGGAGUUCCCGUUAGAGAAUACGAUCACAAGUUCCUCCACACAAAAGUUGCUCUCGUUGGUCAAGAACCAGUUCUCUAUGCUCGAUCGGUCACUGAAAAUAUUGGAUAUGGAUUGGACAAAUAUGAUGACGAUAUGGUGCAAAAAUCAGCCAAACUUGCCAACGCUCACACCUUCAUUAUGAAUGAUACCACUGAUGGAUACAAUACAAAUGUUGGAGAGAAAGGAAGUCAAAUGUCAGGAGGUCAGAAACAAAGAAUCGCCAUUGCCCGUGCUCUCGUUCGCCAGCCAGUUGUUCUUCUUUUGGAUGAAGCCACUUCGGCAUUGGAUGCUGAAUCUGAGCAUACUGUACAAGAAGCGAUUUCGAAGAAUUUGAAGGGAAAGACUGUCAUUUUGAUUGCUCAUCGAUUGUCGACUGUCGAGAAUGCGGAUAAGAUUGUGGUUAUUAAUAAGGUAAGAAUCGAAAAAAGGAAACAUGGAAAAGUGGAACAAUUGGGAAAUCACAAGACACUAAUGGAACAAGAAGGACUCUACAAACAACUGGUUCAACGUCAAAUGAUGAGUGGAGAAGAUGGUUUGGAUGAUGAGAUCGAAGAAGUCGAACCAAUUCGUGAUGGAGCAGGAUCCGGAAGAAGCACAAGAGCCGGAGCACGUCGAAUUAGAAGUCCAUCUCAAUCAAUCAGUCAGUCCUUCUUGGGUACUUCUUUUGCCAGUAGCUAUUUGUAA